CUCGCCUUUUUCUCUCUCUAUUUUUUUUUUAAAAAUUUUUGGAUUCAAAUUUAUCCUCUUUCCAACUUUCUUCUCCGGCGAAAAUGCCGGUCUCGGUGUCGGCGUCGGCGUCCACCAACCGACCCGAGGAUCUGAUCGAACGGCUGAAAUCGAGCGAGGGAGAAGCAAAGCUGAAAGCCCUAAAAGAGGUGAAGAACCAGAUCAUCGGCAAUAGAACAAAGAAGCUUUCUUACAUCAAGCUUGGCGCCGUCCCCAUCGUCGUCGGAAUCCUAGCCGAUGCUGCUGAAUCCGACGUCUCUCUUCUUGUCCAAUCUGCCGCUGCUAUCGGCAGUUUCGCUUGCGGCGUCGAUGCUGGUGUCAAGGCGGUUCUUGACAGCGGAGCCUUCCCUCACCUGUUUCGCACCCUCCACAAUCCGGAUGCUAAGGUUGUAGAUGCUGGUGCCCGUUCCCUGAGAAUGAUUUUUCAGUCAAAACUGGCGCCAAAAUAUGAUUUCCUUGAAGGGAAAAAUAUGGAGUUCCUUCUUUCUCUUCUCAACAGUGAGAAUGAGAAUGUUACAGGACUAGGUGCAAGCAUUAUUACACACUCUUGUGAUACCAGUGUAGAGCAAAAAGCAUUGUGUGAUGCUGGAGUUCUACUGAGGCUUAGUUAUCUUCUCGAAGGCUCUUUAAAUCAGAGGGAUGCUAGCUUAGAUUCUCUGGCCACAAUUGUCAAGAAUAACUAUGAUGUCAUCUCAAAGUUUGUGGAACUUGAGGGUGGAACAGUUUUGCAUUCUAUAACUGAGUUAACAAAGGACAGGAACCCUCGUACAAGACUGCUUUCUUGCAUUUGCUUGAUUGUUGUAGGAAAUGCUUUUCCUUGCUGUCUCCAAGACAUCGGAACAAAGACUAAGUUGAUCUUGAUCUUAGUUGAGCUUCUUGAUGAGCCGGAUCAAGUUGGGGAUGAAGCUCCUUUUGCUUUGGCGAAUCUAAUUGCAGAUAAGGAGGAUCUACAGAAACUGGCUUUUGAGGUUGAUGCUGUUGAUAAACUUUGCAACUUCUUACAUAAGGGUUCGGUACAAGUCAGACGUUUACAUGGAAUCUUGCUGGCAUUAAGUGAACUAUGCUCAAAGAUGGAAAUCUGCAGGUCUAGAUUCCUCUCGCUGCAGGUAUUGAAUGUGGUAGCUGAUGCAAUGAGUAAUGAUAGUCUGGACGUGCGUAUUGCGGCUUGCAUCUGUCUGAGAAAUAUUGCUCGUUCAGUCAAGAACCUGAGUGCAGGCCGUUUUAUGAACGAAAUGAUUGUCACUUCUCUGGUGCAACUUUUGAGUGACCCUUCCACCUCAGUCCAGGUUGCAGCUCUCGGUGCUAUUAGCAACAUUGUGGUUGAUUUUACAAGCCGUAAGUCAAUUUUCAUACAGUGUGGAGGUGUGAAAGAGCUUGUUAGGCUAUCCAGAUCAAUGGAUUUUGCCCUGAGGUUAAAUUCUGUCUGGGCUUUGAGGAACUUGAUGUUUCUCGCGGAUAAAACUCGCAGAGAAGACAUUCUUCUGGAGCUGACAUCAUCCACAUUGGCGAGCCUUGUCUGCGAUCCAGAGCCUCUUAUCCAGGAGCAAUCUCUUGCACUUGUACGCAAUCUUGCUGAUGGGUGUAUCAACUGCAUUGAGCAUGUGUUAGCAGACAAUGGUAUCAUUAUAAAUGCUGUUGGUAGGCAGUUGUGGUGUUCUUUGAAAUCAGAAGUUUGCAUACAGGGGAUGUACAUGCUUGGCAACGUUGCAACUGGUAACGAGUUCCAUAAAGAAACGGUUAUGCAUCAGCUCCUUCCACCUGAAGCCAGUGAAUGCUCCCAAUCUUUUGUAAUGAAGUUUUUGCAGAAUAAUGACAGUAGGCUACGCACUGCUGCUGUUUGGUGUGUUGUAAAUCUUACUUAUCCGGAUAGUCCUGGUGCAUCUGAUCGUAUCGAGAGACUACAAAAUGCAGGCAUAAUUUCUCAAAUAAAGAAAAUGGUUAAUGAUCCCUGCCUGGAUGCAAAGUUUCGAGUAAGAACAGUUCUUGAACAGUGUGUGAAUUCUCAGAGCAGCUCAGCUUAAUCUCUGUAUAAUCAUUGUUCCCAAAAGGUUAAGAAGUGAGAUCAGCUUUGGUAGGUACUGGGGGCUGUUGGCCUGAUUUGUAUCAGUGUAUUGAGUCCACCAAGCCUUUUGGAGGCUUACAGAGAAAAAGGUAUGUUUAACCUUAACAGAUACAAGUUUAUGAUGUUCCUGAAGGAUUCAAUCCCCGCAUUCAUGCUUGCAGGACUUGGAUGUUUUUCAGUUUCUAGUUUAAGCAAUGGAGGAACUUGCUUGUCUGUCUCACGGGUUCUUGCCAUUUAGGUUAUCCGAUUAAGAUCUAUGUAUCUUUGAUCUCACUAAAUUGGAUAUUUUUGUUGCUACCUGUUGUUGUACUGAGUAACACUGUUGUAAAUGUAUAAUAUGAUCUUUCAUUUCAAAAGCAAUCUUUCCUCUGGUAAGAAAAGGAGGAUCACUAAGAAAGGCAAAGGGAGUCUUCGGAGCUUCUCAAAGAGGGGAACACCGUCAAUCCUUCUAUAGAUGGUGAUUAGACUUGUUAAGAUCUCUUCUAUGCUGAGAAUAAUCUGUUAAUCCCUGCAUUGAUGUGUUCUAUUGUAAUCAAUGUUUAUAUAGCAUGAACAUCAGAUCAAAUCCAA